AUCUAGUUGUGAUCAUACUGUCCAUGUGCUUAUAUUGCAUUUAUAUACUAUUGUACCGGUUAUUGUCCAUUGGAAUCCUUGUGUUUGUUUUAGGAUUAAUUCAUCUAUUUGGUUACACAUUGAGUUAUUCUUUGUCAGGAUGCACGGAGAUUGAUAAUAACGUUGUAUAUGGCCACGUCUCGUCACUGAUUGUAUUACCGCAGUUUAGGCGGCGUAAGUUUGCUACAGAGCUUAUGUUGGAAUUUGAGCGUGUCUGCCGAGAGGAAUUGAAUUGCGCUUAUGUAAACUUUUUUGUGAAUCCGUUAAACGAAGUUGCCUUAUCUCUCUACAACAAGUUGGGAUACCAAGUACACUGCACGUUGCCGAAGUACUACAACAGCACUGACGACGCAUAUGAGAUGAGAAAAUCACUUAUAAGUCCGACUGAACCGUUAUAGAAGAUGCGUGACGAAAUCGAGGUUAAACAGUCUGCUGUAAAGCGACUUGUUCGUGAAUUUAGUUUUCACAAGGACGAGUUAGCUGCACUUCGCGAUGCAUUGGCAAAGGCUACUGAUGAGUUUGAGGGCAAGAAGUUCAAGCUCAUGAUAUCUGAGAGUAUAACUGUCAUGCGAUCAACUCGUGACAAGCUUGCUGAGUACGUUCGUGACCUUCGCGAGUCUGGCGUGGAAGUUUCCAGUGAUGCCAUGGAGGUAAUCUCUACUGAGCUCUAAUUACUUUCUAUAUCGGCAGGUGUCCUACUGAUGUAACGUCAUUUUUCCAUUGAUUCAUUCCCAGGACGUCCUCUAUAAGGCAUGUAUUUAUUACCUGAAGUGUCGAGUCGAAGUUGAAUGCUUGUUGCACUCGAUAUUUACGUCUAACUUUGGUGGCGCACUUCGGUCCGGCGUAGAAGACAUCCUUUGUUGCGAUAGUGCUGCAGUCACAUACUAUUUGGGCGUAUUUACCGGACCCCUUUCCAACUCGGCAUGUUGAUCCGUUAAGGCAGUAAGUCAAGGCAGCGCUGUCUGCAGCCAGUACAGUCUUGCAUUCUGGCAGGUCACUGAGAUCAUCUUCUUGUGACAGUUCUUCCAAUGGCUGUUCCUCAGCGACCGUUCUGUGCCUGGCAAAUAGCCAGGACAGCGCCACAAAAACUGCAAAUCGAUACACUAGCAUAGAUUUGACAUUGUACUG